UUCAAAGUCAAAAGUCAGCUGUUUCUGAUUUGAAGAUUUAAAAUGUGAUGGUUAAUUUGUGGUCUUGUGAACUCUUAAAUUAGGAACAUGAAUUCCCCAGCCGCCAAAGAAACUGAAAACCCACAUUACUUGGAAUUAUCAGAAACGCCUGUUCGAUUUGAAGCAGUAAAUCAGAAAACAAAUGUAUUUUUUGAUGACUCUAAUAAAGAUGUGUUUGCUGUGCGUUCUGGGGGAGUAAUGGGCGUAGUUGUCAAAAAUGCUAAAGAAGAUGUAAGUCCAAUGGACUUCAGAAUGGAAGAUCAUGGUUCUGUCCUUUCAAUAAAAUUCUCCUUAGAUCAUAAAAUCUUAGCAGUCCAAAGAGAUAAUAACUCUGUAGAGUUCAUGAACUUCCAGAACAACACUUUGGAAACUGAAUAUUCCCAGACCUGUAAAAAAAAUUCCAAUAUACUUGGCUUUGUCUGGUCUUACGUCAAUGAAGUGGCAUUCAUAACGGAUCAUGGCGUAGAACUCUAUAUGGUGAUUCCUGAUAAAAGGACCCUGAAACAACUGAAGACUACAUCUGCAACAGUACAGUGGUUUGUCUGGUGUGCUUUGAAUGGAAUUGCCCUGUUAGCCUCGGCCCAUGGUUCGCAUCUUCUACCAGUUAUAAUUAAACCGGGGACCAUAAGUAAACUAUCCAAAGUGGAAACGGAACCUGGUCGUAUGGCUCUGGAACGAGACGUUACUCUAGCAACCUUGUACGGUGUACCAGCUGUGUUGAUUCUCCGUCAUCAAAGUGGACCUACCAAUGCUGAGGUCCAGGUACACACUUUGAGUGGUGCCGGACAGGCCCCAGUGAAAUCUCACAUUUUGAAACUUGGACAAGCAGGGCGUUUCGCUGUCAACGUGGUGGACGAUAUAAUACUAGUACAUCAUCAAGCGUCUCGAAGCACUCUCUUAUUCGACACUACCCUGCCCGGUGAAAGUGAUGGAAAUGUUAAAUAUCACACACCUAUAGCUCCUGCUAGAUCACUCCGUCCAGCCCGUUUGGUCAUUCAUGGUCUAAUGCAGCCAGAAAUACAUAUAUGCGAGCUCUAUUCCCCAAAUUGGGUUGUCUUUCAGCCCAACAUCAUAAUUGAUGCCAAACUAGGAUGCCUGUGGCACAUUAAACUGUGCCUACCAGAACUUUGCAGCCUAAUCACUGACCUCGGCGUCUGCACCCAAGUAGCUCUAAACAGAACAAACGGAAAAGGCAUUUUAUUGAAUCUCUUGCUAGAGAUCAUCAAUCGAGACAAAAUGCCCCUGGAUAAGAUUCAAGAGGCCUUCAACCACAUCAACAAUGUCUACCGAGAAUGGUACGAGGCGGAAUUGCAAAGCAACAUCGGAUCUCCUCCAAACGCACCUACCUUCCUGAAGAAUUCCAAACUACCGAGGGUGCUCAUUAAUCAGGAUGACAUUUUCAAUGAGAUCUUCCAGAAAUUAGAUAUAGAGAAGGACCUGCAGAAAACUGAAUGGUUGCUCGUUGCUUACAUAACCUCGCUUUCGGAAAAUAACGUCCCCGUUCAACAUAACCUCAAUGAACUCUUGGUGACGACUUUGGCUCGGCAGAAGAAAUUCACCGCCCUACAGCAGCUUGUCCAGUACGGCGUUAUCUCUGAUUCCAAACCCAUCGCUUGCUUGCUUCUCUCUCUGGGCAACUUGCACCCUGCUGCAUCGCAAAUGGCUCUAGAUAUGUUGACCAGAAUAGGUGCUUUUGAUGAAAUCCAGGAAAUACUCCUGAGUGAGGGCCAAAUACUCACCGCUCUGAAGAUAGCCGACAACACGGCGAAUCCGAGAAAGUUUUUGUCAAUCGCCGAAAGUUCUAAUGACAGCAAUCUGUUACACAGCGUGUUGGUUCAUUUGAGGAAUAAUCCACAUUUCACUGCUGCCUUCCAAAAAGAUGAACGCCUCAUGAAUUUUGUUCAACAAUAUAAUUUGAUUUUUAAUAAUGAAUAAGUAAAAUUUGGUAAGUGCGAUCUCGGAAGGAAAUCCGAAUUAUCAGGCUUAAGUUACUGUGAUAUUAAUAUGAAAUCAAUCAUUGUACUAAUUGUGGAUGUGUGAAAUAAAUAAAUUUUGAAAUAUUACUAAUUUUGGAUGCAGGAAAUGAAUAAAUUUUGAAAUAUUA